AUGCUUCUAGCGUCGUCUGCUUGGCCAAACAGGCUGGCGAUGAGAAAGUUAGGGAUGAUCCUAACAGUCGAUUAUGCAAUUCAUCAACAGGCUGGCGAUGAUGAAGAACUUGAUGCGAAGAUCAUUUCAACAAAGAAAAACAAAUCUCGCUCGUCGAUUGUGGCGAUGUGGAGAUUCUCUCUUCCAUCUCAAUCGGAGUUGGACAAGGAAGGAUGGAUGGGUAAUGCCCUAUAUCCAUAUAGGGCACUAGAAGUGGCGAACCCUUAA